AUGGAUCCACAGGUUCUUGAAGAUCGCGUAAGGAAGCAAGACAAAGUAAUAAGAAGAAUGACGAUUGACAUAGAGUCUAUGAAGAGCCGGAUAAAAGGCAAAGGGAAGAAAAAAGGAGUCGGAAGACAGAGAAACAGGAUUCGAAGCAGAGAAAGUCGAAAAAGACGAAGACAGAGAAGGAAGAUUCGAAGAAAAAGAAGAGCAGUGAAGAAGAAAGACGAGUUAAAAGACGGACUUCUCAAGAUGAUGAUGAUGAUGGUUCUGAGUCGGAGGAAGAACAAUUGCAUGACCAAAGAGAAGGAUGCAGCAGCAACAAAAAAGAGUCGGAAGACAGAGAAACAGGAUUCGAAGCAGAGAAAGUCGAAAAAGACGAAGACAGAGAAGGAAGAUUCGAAGAAAAAGAAGAGCAGUGAAGAAGAAAGACGAGUUAAAAGACGGACUUCUCAGGAUGAUGAUGAUGAUGGUUCUGAGUCGGAGGAAGAACAAUUGCAUGACCAAAGAGAGGGAUGCAGCAGCAACAAAAAGCUAGCUGAACCAAAAUUAACACAGACGGAGUAA